AUGCGAUAUUUCCUUGUUCCCUUCUAUUUGAAAAGCAAUUAUGUUCAGGUAGAGUUUGUCGGAGGCCCAGUGUGUUGGAAUACUCGCAUCUUUUCUGCGAGUGCUGGCUCACCCUCUUCCAUAUUUCAGGUGGAACGAUCUCUUCUUGAUUCUGGGUUUGAUUAUGAGCAUGAUGAUCCAGGGGCCACGAACAUAGAACCAUUCAAGGAGUUCACUGACGUCAGCAGGGGUGUCAGAAUGCUCGGUGCUGCUGCAGUAGACAUGUGCCAUGUAGCUCUUGGGAUCGUGGAAGCAUACUGGGAAUAUCGACUCAAGCCAUGGGAAUGGCUUCUGUCUGAGCAGAUAGUUGAGGAAGCUGGAGGAGUGGUUACCUGCAUGGAUGGUGCAAAGUUUUGUGUAUUUGAUAGAUCUGUUUUGGUAUCCAAUGGAGUGCUGCAUGCCAAGGUUAACCUAUCUGCUGCAGUUAUAUCCAUAAUCCAAGAGAAAAAGAUUGUGGAAAUGCAACUUUUGGAGAGGAUUGCUCCAGCAACUGAGAAUUUGAAGAGCAAACAAAUCAAUUUAUCAUUGUGGUAUAAGCCUGAAAACUGCAGGACAGAACUUUGA